UUUCGCGCGUUCAAAGGUCAAAGUUGAUUCUCCCGUCAUGCCGUGCUGUGAUCAGAACGAGGCAGAAAUCCGGGGUCUGGAGAAAAUGGCGACCAUUUCAGUUUCCAGUAUGAUUAGCUGAAACCUGACCUGAAGCAGCCAUGAAAAUAGACAGAACCAAGCUGAAGAAAACAGUCUCAGAAGUGCCUGCUGACUGUAAGGCGCUGAUCGAGCACCUGAAGACUGUACCAUUGGAGGAGCUGCCGGGGGUGCUGGACAGCAUCAAGACUUGGAACUAUGGCAAGUGUGAGUUAGUCCACUGGAUCGAUGUGCUGGACCGAUUUGACACCGUUCUGGAGGAGGCGUGCCUGACACCCCCCGGUGCAGAAUGGACCCUUCCGAUCGACAGGCCAGACAUGGCGCAGUUGAAGGAGCGGCUGUUAAAAGUGCUGCAGUUCACAGCUCUGCUGAUAGAGCACAGCUUCUCCAGGCACCUCUACAACUCCAUGGAGCAUGUGACGCGGCUGUUAUCCUCCUCCGACAUGGGGCUGGUGCUGCCUGUUCUGAACCUCCUGUACGUGUUCAGUAAGAGGUCCAACUUCAUCACUCGUCUGGCCGCUGAGAAGAGACAAACUCUCCUGGGCAGGCUGCAACACCUGGCAGAGAGCUGGGGAGGAAAGGAAAACGGGUUUGGGCUGGCAGAGUGCUGCCAAGAUCUCCCCUUCACGAGUUACCCCGCCAGUGCAACGACCUUGCACUUCGAGUUCUACACAGAAGUUUCAGAUGAGAAAACCACAUCUGGGAAAAAGCCUGUGAAUACAGUCCAGUGUAUCCACAUCGAGAAUGUCGACAAAGUUGCCCAGAGCCCAGCUGAGAUCAUGGAAAAUCUCCUGAAGGUGUAUAAUGUACCCAAGGACAAACAGAUGCUGCUGUUCACCCAUAUUAGAUUAGCCUACUGUUUCUCAGACUACCGCCUCAGACUACAAUGUGUACAGGCCAGGUUACAGGCCCUGUCCGUUCUAGUGUACUCCGCCGCCCUACAAGACAAUGCCAACACCCUACUGUACAACGGGCUCAUAGAAGAGUUGGUUGAUGUACUCCAGUUGAAUGAUACCCGACUUACGGAAAUCAAAGCAGCGUCGUUGAGAACGUUAACAGCGAUCAUCCAUCUGGAGAGGAACCCCAAGCUGGGCAACAUUAUCGACGCCACGGGCGCGGCCUCGUACCACGGCUUCCUGCCUGUCCUGGUCAGGAGCUGCAUCCACGCCAUGACAGACCCGAACGAGAGCCCGUUCCCCCAGCCCUUCGCCACGGCCCUGUUCUCCUUCCUGUAUCACCUGGCCAGCUAUGAAGCAGGAGGAGAAGCGCUGGUGUCCUGUGGUAUGAUGGAGUCACUGCUCAAGGUCAUCAACUGGCUGGGAGACGACCAGGACAACAUCAUCUUUGUGACGAGAGCGGUGCGAGUUGUUGACCUGAUCACCAACCUGGACAUGACGUCGUUCCAGACCCACAGCGGGCUCAGCUGCUUCAUCAACAGACUAGAGCAUGAAGUAGAGAUCUGUAGAAAAGAGUGCCCGUUCGUCAUCACUCCCAUCAUCAGUGCAGAGGAUGGGGAGGAGGAGGAGGAACGUCCGGAGGAGGAGAACAGGGAGGGGGAGGUCGCCACGGAAACCAGGAACCAAUCAGAGGAGGGGGCAGUUGCCAUGGAAACGGAAACGGCAGCCAGCACGUCAAGUGGUUCGUCGGACGUUCCCAUGGAGAUGGAUGGCCCGUCACCCGCCAGCACCAGCUCCAUGUCCGAGGACACCCGGACGGAAACCAGCGCCAAAAAGCCAGACUGUCAGAAGCAGUGUUUCCCCCAGAGAGCAGCGCUGAUGAAAUCCAUGCUCAACUUCUUAAAGAAAGCCAUUCCCGACCCCGCCUUCUCAGAUAGUAUAAGACAUGUAAUGGACGGCUCCCUGCCUGUGUCCCUGAAACACAUCAUCAGCAAUGCUGAGUACUACGGACCCUCCCUAUUCCUAUUAGCGACUGAUGUAGUGACAGUGUACGUGUUCCAAGAACCCUCGCUCCUGUCUUCCUUACAAGACAACGGCCUUACAGAUGUGGUGCUGCAUGCCCUCCUCAUUAAAGAUGUGCCAGCCACCAGAGAGGUUCUGAGUGCCCUGCCUAACGUGUUCAGCGCCCUCUGUCUGAACCAGCGGGGACUGCAGGCCUUCGUGCGCUGUCGUCCGUUUGACAAACUGUUCAAAGUGCUGCUGUCUGAGGCAUACCUGCCUGCCAUGAGGAGACGGAGAAGCUCCGAUACGUUAGGUGACACGGCGUCUAACCUGGGUAAUGCCAUGGACGAGCUGAUGAGACACCAGCCUACACUGAGGACGGACCUGCUGGAACAAGUGUGUGCAAUGGGCCAAGAUGCCAAAUUCAUCUGUACGAAACCAGACACCAAGGCCACGCCUAACAACCAGUCGCCACGGCAACCGGUGCUGGAGGAGACCUACAGCGAGGACGAGGAGGAGGAAGAUGACGUGUCAAGUACCACCAGCCAAACCAGCGCCUCCAAGGGACAGGCGCCGGAACUGCAGGAGACCAAAGUCCCUGGGACCGAAGAGGCCAGAACCCCCAUUCCACUGCUGGACUAUGUGCUAAAUGUGAUGAAGUUUGUGGAGUCAAUCCUGAGCAACAACACGACGGACGACCACUGCCGGGAGUUCGUCACGCAGAAGGGCCUGGUGCCCCUGCUGGACAUCCUGGGACUCCCCAACCUGCCCAUCGACUUCCCGACAUCCCCCGCCUGCCAGGCCGUGGCCGGGGUCUGCAAGUCCAUCCUGACGCUAGCCCACGAGCCGCAGGUGCUGAAGCAAGGCCUGCUGAAGCUGAACGAAGUCCUGGAGGCGUUGGAGCCGCUAUACCAGCCGCUGGACCCACCAGGAGGCUCCGUACUGCUGCGGGAGCUCGCCAACUCCGCAGCCAAUCCCGACGCAGUGCUGUCGUCACGGGACACGCCCCUUCUCCACGCCAUGGCGGCCGCGCACUCCUACAUCCUGAUGUUUGUGCACGUCUGCAGGGUCGGACAGACGGACAUCCGCUCGAUGUCCGUGAGCCACUGGGGGUCAGACCUGGGUCAGAAUGUGCUGAAGGGGCUGAGCAGGCUGUACCAGUCGCUGGUGUGGGAGAGCACCGUGCUGCUGUCCCUCUGCACGCCGGGGGCUCUGCCUGACGACUGCGAGUUCGGCAAGUCCGACAUGACCAAACUCCUACCCAAGGACGACGCCAAGUCUUCCAGGAACAAGCUUGACGCGGGGAAGCUUGAUGCCGACAAACCUGGCACAAGCGCAGAGAGCGAUAGAACUGAGGAUGCUGUAUCGGAGAUGGAAGUCUCGCCCAUGGAGGUUGAAGAUGUGGGUUUGAACGAUGCAGACAAGAAGCUGAAGAUUUCCCCUCAGCUCGCUGCUCAGAUUAAGCAGAUCAAGCCGUUGCUGUCUGCGUCGUCUCGGCUCGGGCGCGCGCUGGCGGAGCUGUUUGGGCUGCUGGUGAAGCUGUGCGUGGGGUCGCCGGUCCGCCAGCGCAGCCGCCAGCACCCCCAGGGGAGCAGCACCGCCCCCACCCCCGCCGCACGCGCCACCGCCGCCUCCCUCACCAGGCUGCUCGCCUCAGGGCUCUGCUGGGAGCCGCCGCCAAGCUGCCCCACUCCUAAGUUUAGGUUAACGUUCUUCAUCUGCUCUGUGGGCUUCACGUCUCCGAUGCUGUUUGAUGAGAAGAAGUUCCCGUAUCACCUCAUGCUGCAGAAAUUCCUGUCCUCGGGGGGCCUGGACGCACUCUUCGAGACAUUCCAUUGGACGCUGACCCACGGGGGGAAGGUUUCCCUGCAGGAGGGACUGGAGCACCCAGAACUGCCAGAUGGUUCGGGAGAGUUCCUGGAUGCCUGGCUGAUGCUGGUGGAGAAGAUGGUGAAUGUGAAGAACGUUCUGGAGUCUCCGCACACGCUGCCCGCCAAACCCUCCGCCACCGCGCCCGGCUUCGUACCGUUCAGCUCCGUACAGUUCCUCGUACACGUCCAUAAGGCUGCCUUCAAGGCUGUGAUGCACCUGUGGGAUAAGAAGCCCCUGAAGACGUACGGGGCGAGGAUGUCGGAGUCGAUGCUGGCCAUGUUCUGCCACAUCCUGAAGGGAGAGAAGACCAUCCAGGAGCGGCUGGAGAAGGAGAGGCAGGGAGAGGAGGCGGAGAAGGAGGCGCAGGCGGCUGCGGUUGCCGCGGGAACGGACGGAGCUGCCGCAGCCCCUGCUGCAGCCGCCGCCGCUGCUGCAGCAGGGGCUGCGGCGCCGGCGAGACCACGGGAACCGGACUUCAACCAGGCACAUCUACAACAGCUGAUGGACAUGGGUUUCACUCGGGAGCAUGCUGUGGAGGCGCUGACUCACACCACCUCACUGGAGCAGGCAACCGAGUACUGCCUCACGCACCCCCCUCCCAUCCCGCUGGCUGCACAGGAGCUAGCGGAUGGGAUCGGGAUGUCAGAGGAAGAUCAGCUCAGCAGAGCUAUCGCUAUGUCGCUUGGAGCCAACGUUAACCCAGAGGAGGAGGCUAAGAAGAAGGAGGAGGAAGACAGGAAGAAAAGAGAACAGGAAGAAGCAGAGAGAGACAAACAGAAGGAGGAGGAGCCGCUGGACCCUCAGCUGGUGGCAGAGUUCACCGAGAACCUCCUGCCGGGUUGUUUGCGUCUGGUUGACGCUCUGCCGGACACCGUGUACCGUGUUUGUGACCUGCUGCUGGUGGCAGUGAAGAGGAACGACGCGGCUUGGCGAGACAAGAUGCUGGUGGACGUGGCAGGACAGAUCCACUCCUGCGCUGUCGUCCUGCUGGAGGCCGCUGCGCCGCUGAGAGCCGGCGACGACAGGACGGUUCAGGACUGGUCCAACCAGCUGUCCAACCUGGCGCAGGCGGCGCAACUGUCCGCCAGGGCGCAUCUCUUCUCUCUGCUGUUUGAGGAGCUUCGCCAGCCCUGUGCCCAGGUACUGGAGGAUUCUGGGCUGGUCUCAGUCCUGGUCAGUCUACUGGAGACAGCUCAGCAGUGUCUGUCUGCCUGCAAGGAUGCUCCAACACCAAAGUGGCUGGCCCCUGUGGUGCUGCUGGUUGACCUGUACCAGAAGAUGGCAGUAUCCAGCAAGAGGAGGAACGCCAUCACCAAGGAGCUGGAGUCCCACACCUGGAAGUGGUUUGAUGACAGAACCGGGCGAUGGUGCAACUACAGCGCCAGUAACAACGCCACCAUAGACCAGGCAUACAGGGCUGGGGAGGCCACUGUUAGGUUCACGGCGGGCCGGCGGCGCUACAUCGUCCACUUCGGCACCAUGGUUCAGAUUAACGAGGAGACGGCCAACAGGAGACCCAUCAUGCUCGCCCUGCCCCCCAAGGAGGAUAAGGACAAGGACAACAGCAAGGAGAAGGAAAAGCUGAAGGAGAAGCGCGCCUCGGCAAAGGCUUUCCUGCAGAAGGUGGUGGGAACGGGCGCGGGGACGGGCGCGGGAGCGGGGACGGGCGCUGGACCCGACCAGACUGAGGCUGAGGCUGCCGAUGAGGAGAAUACAGAGGAGAAGAAAGUAGAACCUGAGCAGAAGAUGGAGACAGAUGAAACUGCUGCACCCAAGGAAGAGGAGAAGAAGAAAGAAGAGAAGAAAGUUCCAGAGGAGGAGGCCAGACUGAUCAAGGGUCUGGCAUCAGAGCAGAUCUCAACACUCGUCAGGGCGUGCGUUGGGUUGAUUGGGAUCCCGGUGGACCCAGACACGCUUCACGCGGUGAUGCGCCUGUGCCUGCGCUGCACCAGAGAACACCAACACGCGCUCCAGUUCGCUGACCUCGGCGGGACCAAGCUGAUCCUCGACCUCAAGCAGAGUUCCGCCUUCACGGGAUUCAACGGGCUGGCGACGCUACUGAUCAGACACGUGUUAGAGGAACCCAACACACUCAGGCACACCAUGGAGAAGGCUGUUCGUGGGACAGCGGCGGGCGGUACGGGCAGUAACGUGCUGGGUGUGGCGGCGGGAAGUCUGGGGUCGAGAGAGUUCCACUACCUGCUGAGAAUACUGGGUCCCGCAGCCUGCAGGAGUGCCGAACUGUUCCGGGAAACCGCGUGGAACGCUCUACGCAUCGCUCUGCCCCCGCCUUCUAGAAGAGGAAAUCUAGUUGUUGUUGCAGCCUCAGAUGAAGAGGAGUACAACAGGGUGCUGGGUCCCAACGCAGUCCAGCUGCUCAAGACGGCAUCCUCCAAGCCUUUUGCCCCUCCUCCGCUGGAAGGGGUCAUCAAGGAGGUGAUGUACGACCUUCUGAACGCGCUCGCCACGCAGCCCACGGAAACUAGCCCUGAAGGCGCGCCCAACACGGCAGAGUCCGACACGGAGACGGGGGAGGCGGUCAUGAACUUCGGUAACGAGACUGGCGCGCAGGCCAUCCGGCGCCAGAACAGCGUCACAGAGCUGGACGGGGGGUCGGAGUACGACAGCGGAACCUACCAGCUGUCCGGUAGUGACAUCUUCGUGAGUGCCCCGAGCAGCAGAGCAACCAGCACGGAGAAUCUGGACCAGCAGGGCACCGAGCCCGACGACAAGGCCAAGGACAAGGCUGCCGCUGAGCAGAAGGCAAAGGCCGCAGCAAACCGGCCGCUCAUGACGAAAUCCGCCAUUUUAAAACUGCUGGCAGAGCUGGUGCGAUCGUACGCUAGCGUGGCUCUGCAGAUCUCACAGUACCAUUAUACAGCAGGGCAGGUGGAUGGCAUCAAGGAGGACGGCACGGUGCUGGCGUAUGUGUUAGACAACCUGCUGCCAACAGGCACAGACGACAGUGACAAGGACACCCCGAUGCUGGCGAGGACCCUGCUGGCGGCCAUCGCGGCGAGUAACCACAGCCCGGACGCACAGGGUCUCCUGGUGCAGGAGGUGAAGGCUGCCCUCAGCAGGGCCCUGGCACUGCCCGAGAGUUCGGACAAGCACACGCGCGUGCAGGCACUGGUGGGGCUGAUCGGCACCAUGAUGGAGGCCUGUCCUCCCACGGGGGGCUUCCAGCAGCACCAGCAAGCGUUCAAGUCUCAGCAGCAGAACAGUAUGAACAACAUGAUCCGGAUCUUCCUGCGGCGAGGCCUGGUGACAGAUCUGGCGCGGAUCCCACACAGCCUGGAUCUGUCCAGCCCCAACAUGGCGACCACCGUCAACGCGGCGCUCAAGCCGCUGGAAACGCUGUCCCGUAUCGUGAACCAGCCCAGCACGAUGGUCGGGAAGAGCGGAGCCAAGGCGAAGGAGGGGACACAGUCCGCAACGGGCGAGGAGACCGGAACCAGCCAGCAGGACACAGAUGUGGAAACGCCCAGAACAGAAGAUGGGGAGCAGGGAACCCAGGAGGACUCCCAGGCCACCCGAGGAGAAGGUGAGGAUAACGAAGGGUUUGCGGAGUCACUGGAGGCGCCGGUGAGUCAGGAGAGCCACACAAACCCCAUGCAGUAUGGCGGCGACCUUGAUGACGUGAUCGACCAGCUUCUGGAGGGCGACACGGAGGACGACAUCCUGGCGGAAACGCUGAUGGUGUCCUCCACACGCCGCAUACAGAGGGAGUCCAACACAGAUUCGCAGGGCCUGGGUGAUUCGCAGCUGACGCAGGACUCCCGCGACGGGGACGACACAGAGAUGGCGAGCGAACAUUCCCAGGAAGGUGUGCGCAGAAACGACAUGGUGGUGGUAGAGUCAGGGGAGGAGGACCAUAACGAUGAUGAUGAUGAUGACGGGGGGUCCAGUGCUGAUGACUCCGGCAGUGAGGAGGAGGAUGAGCAUGAUGAACAGGAGGAGGAGGAGGAAGAAGAGGAGGAUGGAGAAGAUGAGGAUGCGGAGGACGAGGGUUCGGAGAUGGGGAGAACGUUCGACAUCGAUGAGUACGAAGAUGACUCGCUAUUCCGUCUGCAGGAGGGAGAUGAGGACCUGUUUCUCCAGCUGGAGGAGAUGUUCUCCAACGCUGGCGAGGCGUACCAGUGGGGCCUUCCGUCGUCCGUUCGCACGUGUACGUACCCGCUGCCCGUGGCCGUGCAUGACGACAAUGGUAAUGAUGGCUCAGGAACCCCCUCCGCCCCCCCAGCUCCCUCCAUGUCCAUCGCGGUGAGCCACCCCCUGAUGGUGCGCCACGCUGACCACAGCCAGGUGGCCGGGAUCGUGACCUCGUCGGGCCGCGUCCACCGCCUGGGGCGCACCGGGAGGGGCCACCGCCACUACGUCCCCGCCACGCAGACCAUCCACGUGCACUACUCCGGCGGCACGCGCCCGCAACCGCCCGCCAUUCUGCAGAGGUUACUUGGCCCCACGGCAGCUGCGGAUGUCCUGCAGCUGACCCAGCAGACCGGCCGGCAGUACGCCCGCGUGUUCAUCGGCGGGGACGACGUGCGGGUCAUGGCGGGUCAGGAUGAUGACAUCUUCGACGACCUUCUGAACGAGGGCGGUUCUGGGGGCUUCAGCGACGCGGCGCCCAGCACCGGCGCAGGGCUGCUGCAGAACGUGCUGACCGCCCAGAACCGGUGGGCCGAGGAGUGUCGGGUGCUGGACGGGGACGGCGUGCACCAUGUCAUCACUGCUGUGAAGAAGUCAAUCCUUGAGAAGCUGGAAGAGCACUGUAAGAAGGAGCUGGAGGAACGUCAGGAGAAGAAGAAGAAACAACAGGAGGAGGAGGACAAGAAGAAGAAGGAGAAAGAUGAGGAAGAUAAGAAGAAGAAAGAGAAGGAAGCCAAGGAGAAAGGAGAGGCUGCUGGAGCCGAGGGUCGGGAGGGAGAGGCCAUGGAGGUUGGCACCUCGGAGUCCACAGAAACAUCAGACUCUGCCUCCACCCUGCCCGGGUCCCAGUCCCAGGCUUCCAUCGUUGCCGAGAUCAUCUCUGCCGUCGGCGGGCUGGACAACAACGGGCUCGAACCCAGCAGCGAGGCCGCGGAACAUGCGCCGGAAGGGUCCACUCCAUCCGGAGGGGGGGCAGGUGGUGCUGAAGCAGGCUACACAGAACCUUCAGUAUCAGCUGUUACAGCCUCACCUGCAACAGCACCCCCCGCCCCUGUAGUGGCGCGGUCCUACAACGUCUCCGUGACCCCGUCCCUUCCGUUCCCCAGCGACCUGCAACAGCUGGUUGCCGAGGAGACGGCACGGCAGGUCGCGGAAGAGGGGUCGUCGUCACGGCAACCUGCAGAGGAAACAACACCACAGGUUGCCGGGUUCCUGCCUGCUCCCAUGGAGACGAGCAGCAGCACGACCUCGGGGCAGGACGACGUGACGACCUCCACGGACAGCUCGGUCAGCAUCAGCCCCAGCGCGGGGGCGGAGGGCGCGGGAACGGACGCCGCCAUGCCCAUGGACACGUCAGAAACGGCCGGGCAGGAGUCGGCACAGCGGCAGGGGAGCGCUGACAGCGGGACGUCAGCGGGGACCGCGGUAACGGCAGAGGGAGGGGAGGAGCAGGCUGCUGGGCAAACCACAGACGGAGAGAGCAGCGGUACGACGAGCGGCGCCGAUUCGCAGCCCAGCACAAGCACGGGCACCACGGAGGGGUCGGCCUCCAGCUCAGAGACCCCGACAUCCGAGGGGCAGAGCGCCGCGAGCACGGCGGAAACCACACAGGCCGGGCCCGGCAACGAGGAACUUAACUCACUGCUGGGAUCCGAUGUACAGCUUCCUGAGGGCGUUGACCCCUCCUUCCUGGCUGCACUUCCCGAGGAUAUCCGCCAGGAGGUGCUGCGCACACAGCUGGGCAUCAGAAGAACGCCCCCUACCGCGCAGGCGGGGAACAGCAGCGGGAGCAGCACCAGCACGACGGCGCCGGAUAACGUCCAGGUCAGCCCGGAGUUCCUGGCAGCUCUGCCGCCCGAGAUUCAGGAGGAGGAACAACCUGUGGACCCGGCAGGCUUCAUACAGAACCUGCCCAGCUCACUCAGACAACAGGUCCUCGCUGAUAUGGAUGACACAGUUCUGGCCGUGAUGCCGCCGGAGAUCGCCGCGGAGGCGCGGAACCUUCGCCGUGAGCUGGAGGAACGACACCGGCAGCUGAUGCAGGAGCGACUCUUCAGUGCGGCAAGCGGUAGCGUGCUUUCAGCUAUCCUUAGGACUUCAGGUCUGGCCAGUCGGCUGGGAGGGAGAGGGAUCCAUUACAUCCAGUCUGCGUUACCUCAGCACCACCGGAACACCUGGCGCUGGGGCACGCAGCACAACCGGGCAGCAACUGCCACCACGGCCAACCAGGUCCGGCUGCGAGGCCGGCAGCUGUUGGACCACGAGGCGCUGGCGUGUCUGCUGGUUCUACUGUUCGUGGACGAGCCGAAGCUGAACACCAGCCGGCUGCACCGCGUGCUGAGGAACCUCUGCUACCACAACGGCACCCGGCUCUGGGUGGUGCACGCGCUGCUGUCCAUACUGGACCGCACAGGGGACAAUGUGUGCAAGCCCCUCCUGGAGAUCACGGAUGGUUCUGAGAAGGGUUCAGGGAAGAAGUCCCGUCCGUCCAGUUCCUCCUCCCAGGACAUGGCCAUGGACACGCGGACAUCUCAGCCAUCCUGGCUCUCAAUAAGCCUGGACGCAGCCCUGGGCUGCCGGGCAAACGUGUUCCAGAUCCAGAAAACCGGCGGCAAGAAGCACGUGGAACGUCACAGCGGCGCGGUGCACAUACACCCGCAGGCCUCCCCCAUCGUCUGUAGACACGUCAUGGACACUCUCAUCUCUCUAGCCAAGGUUUUCCCUGGACAUUUCAUCCCUGGUAAAGCCAGGGAGGCAGGGACCUGUUCCACCAGUAGUAGUAGUAGUAGUAGUCAAACCCAGGCCAACAAGGUAAAAGAGACUCCUCCGGCCGCAGGCACUGUUGCAACAAACAGAGUAGGUAGUAGUAAAACGGACACGGACUUCUGGGACGUGCUGGUGAAACUGGACUCCAUGAGUGUGGGCAGGAAAGGGAAGGGCACGGCGAAGUCCCACGCGGGCGCGAGCACGAGCGAAUCGGAUCCGAGCGGAGAGAGUUUGGAGACGUCGCCGCUGGGAUCGCUGCUGCAGAUGUUGGCGCACCCGGUGAUCCGGCGCAGCUCGGUGAGUUGGAGUUUAUUGAGAUGCCCUUUAGCUCCAUCCUCCAACGCAGGGACAUCCAACAGCGAAAGCGCCUGUCUAAUUAAACGUUCUCCUCCCGACAAGGUUCUGACCGACAAGCUGCUGAGGCUGCUGUCGCUGGUGUCCAUCGCCCUGCCCGAGGAGAUGAAGAAGGCAGAGGAGCAGGCGAGGGAGGAGGCUGCCAGGAGAGAAGAGAGCAGGACCGAGGAGUCUGCAGCAGAGUCAGGAGCAACUGGAGGUACAGAGGCAGCUGCAGUGGAACAGAGACCAGCAGAACAAACAGUUACUGUACAGUCAACACUCGAGCUGGUGCCAACAGCAACCUCCACCCCCUCCCCCACCCCCAGUCGGAAGGACACAGUCAUCCCCCGCCCCACUUCAACCUCGUCCGUCUUUGAGGAUUCUGCAGGGAGAGCGACAAACAUCAUGCUGGAGAAACAACUCCAGCUGGCUGUAGAUAUCCUGACAUCCCACUCCUGUUCUGAGGAGGGUCUGGAGGAUGCCACCAAUGUGCUCCUGCAGCUGUCCAGAAUAGACAACCAGACGCGGGAGUCAGUGCUGAAACUACUGCUGCAGGGGGGCAGGCAACUCGGCCACACGCUGUGUGAGCAGAUCUUCCAGCUGCUGCAGGAGGUCCGGGACCACAUCUCCAGGCUGAAGCAGACGGGAGCAGAGGGAGGCAUGGAGGAGCUCUCUUCUCCGGAGGAGGCAGGAACAUCUCAGGCUAGACAGCGGGGAGUCAUCUCCAACAGGUUUGACAGCCAGAUGGUGGUCGUUGCUGCCCCCACCAAGGUUAAAGGAGGUCGUGAGCUGCAGCUGCCCAGCAUGGCGCAGCUCACCAGCAAGACGUCCACCCAGAGCUUCUUCCUGCGCAUCCUCAAGGUCAUCAUCCAGCUGAGAGAGGCGGCCAGGAGAGCUGUCAAGAAGGCACGGGACGCCGAGAAGAGACAAGGAGGCCCUAACCUCGGCACCACAGCCUCAAGUGUAGCUUCUGCUGUUGCAGCGUUGGAGGCCGAAGCCGAGGCCAUCAUAGAGAUGGUGGGACGGAGGGAACGAGAGAGGCUGCAGAGGGAGAACUCUGCGCCGGCUGCACCAGGCACGGCAGCCGCAGGGGCCUCCACCAGUACCGAGGACCAGGCUGCACCGGCGGAAGCGCCAGCAGACCCGGCCGCGGGCCCGGCCCUGGGUGACAUCAUCGGGGAGGCACCCAUGGAGCUGGAGCCCCAGGCCACCGGGGCAGCAGCGCCCGCGGCACAAGCACCCGCGGCACAAGAACCCGCGGCACAAGCACCCGCGGCCGAGGAGACUCCUGCACAGACAGAGGAACAACAGGCAGCUGGGAAGAAGGAGAAGGAGGAGGCUGAGGAGCCUGAGCUGCCGAGACUGAGCAGCCAGCUGACCCUUGAGGACCUGUGGGACACCCUGAGCGAGUGUCUGACGGCUCUGUCCUUCAGGAACAUUCUUAAACUCAUCACUUUCCCUUUCGUGCCCUUCAGGAGGCCGAGGAGCCUGAGCUGCACUCUUCACUUUCCCUUUCGUGCCCUUCAGGAGGCCGAGGAGCCUGAGCUGCCGAGACUGAGCAGCCAGCUGACCCUUGAGGACCUGUGGGACACCCUGAGCGAGUGUCUCACGGCGCUGUCCGACACCACGGACCACCACGCGGUGCUGGUGCUGCAGCCGGCUGUGGAAGCCUUCUUCCUGGUGCACGCUGCCGAGAAGGAGAAGAAAACAACAGAGCAGAGACAAUCGGAGAGGCAGCGGCACGACAGCCACCUGAGCGACCACGCCCCCAUGUCGCCGCUCCCGGCCACGCCCGCCGACAGCGGCACCAGUCUGGGGCGUCAGGAGUCCGUCGCCUCCGUCUCGUCUGCAGCAAACAUCACUGGGCUUCCACACGACACGCAGAAGUUCCUCAGAUUCGCAAAAACCCAUCGCACAGUGCUGAACCAGAUCCUUCGCCAGUCGACGCAGCACCUUGCUGACGGUCCCUUCUCCGUGCUUGUCGACCACACGCACAUCCUGGACUUCGACGUGAAGCGGCGGUUCUUCCGGCAGGAGCUGGAGCGGAUGGACGAGGGGAUCCGGCGGGAAGACCUGGCCGUGCACGUCCGGAGGGAUCACGUGUUCGAGGACUCGUUUCGCGAGCUGCACCGCAGGACGCCCGAGGAGCUGAAAAACAGGUUGUACAUCGUGUUUGAGGGAGAGGAGGGCCAGGAUGCGGGCGGGUUGCUAAGGGAGUGGUACCUCAUCAUCUCCAGGGAGAUCUUCAACCCCAACUACGCCCUCUUCACCACAUCUCCAGGUGACAGAGUGACGUACCGGCCAAACCCCUCGUCCCACUGCAACCCCAACCACCUCAGCUACUUCAAGUUCGUGGGGCGCGUCAUCGGCAAGGCCAUCUACGACAACAAGCUGCUGGAGUGUUACUUCACUCGCUCCUUCUACAAGCACAUCCUGGGCAAGAACGUCAAGUACACAGACAUGGAGAGUGAAGACUACCAGUUCUACCAGGGGCUAACAUUCCUGCUGGAGAACAACAUCGAGGAGUCUGGUCUGGAGCUCACAUUCAGCACUGAGAUCCAGGAGUUUGGUGUGACGGAGGUGCGUGACCUGAAGCAGAACGGGCGCAACAUCACUGUGACGGAGGACCACAAGCACGAGUACGUGAAACUCGUGUGCCAGCUCAAGAUGACCGGCUCCAUCCGCAAGCAGAUUGACGCCUUCCUGGAGGGCUUCUACGAGAUCAUCCCGAAACGUCUCAUCUCCAUCUUCAACGAGCAGGAACUGGAACUGCUGAUCUCCGGUCUGCCCAACAUCGACCUGGACGACUUGAAGGCCAACAGCGAAUACCACAAGUACCAGAGCAACUCCCUGCAGAUCCAGUGGUUCUGGAGAGCUCUCAGGUCCUACGACCAGGCGGACCGUGCCAAGUUUCUGCAGUUUGUGACAGGGACGUCCAAGGUGCCUCUGCAGGGGUUCUCGCACCUGGAGGGCAUGAACGGCACGCAGAAGUUCCAGAUUCAUCGCGACGACCGCUCCACCGACAGGCUGCCUUCCGCACACACAUGUUUCAACCAGCUGGACCUUCCUCCCUACGAGACGUAUGAGAAGCUGCACUACAUGCUGAAGAUCGCCAUCCAGGAGUGCUCCGAAGGCUUCGGCUUCGCCUAGCGCCCCCCUCCCCACGCCUUCCACCCUCCUUGUUGCAGAAGUAUGGACAUUGAGUACACAGUAGCGCCCUCGGCCCUGUUAAUACUCCAGACCCGCGGAUGUACAGGGGCCGCCGGAGGCUCGACGUUCCAAAUGUUGCCACGUGUAUGUAUGUGUACAGUCGUCAUGUACAGGACUGGUGACGAUGUGACUUCUGAACCAGAUACGCUAAAGAAAAUUUGACAGUAAAGAUAUUGUUCGAACAUAUUGUUUGUCGGGACAUACACAAUGCUAAUCCGAACGGCCGCCCCCCUCCCCACCCUAGAUACUUACACAAUGGAGACUGUCAUAAAGGGGGAGGGGGGCGGUUACAGCUUACUACGCCGUAACUUCCAGCAGUGCACACUGGGAGAUGAAGUCAGCAUCGCGGACCUCAGGCAAUAACGAUGCUGUUACACGGCCCUACGCGGCCACGGUGCGUCCGUAGUUCACACGAAAGUUGCCGUAGUAGCUAACUCCAGACACUAGUUUUGUAAAGAGAGAUGAUACAGUGGGUUGGGUAAAGAAGAAUAAGAGACUGUCCAUUGCUUUCAAAGCAUUCUGCCUGACGUAUCUUGGUUGUAUUUAAGAUUCCGUGGUUUAGUAGACGUAGCUCCGUUGAAAAUAGGUGUUUUUUCACCUGGUCUAAGAGAUAAAAAUUGCACUAUAAAUGAUGAAAGGUUCAUAUGUUGGAUAUUAUGAAAAGAUAUGUAUUUGAGAACACAUUGUUGCUUAUAGGCCUAUAGAUGUAAGAUUGGACGCAACUUUAGAAAAGCAGAAAGGCACAGCCUACAAAUUCCGAGAUUUUUUCAUUUUUCGUUUUACUGUACUGGUUGACUUAAUAUUGAUGCCGAACUGUUACAUUUGAGGACUCUUGAAAAUUGUUGAGAAGUGAAUAAAUGUCAAAUGUGAGCCAA